CCCGCUGCCGCCGCGCAUGCGCAGUUAUUGUUUUGACCGAAAAUGCCGUCGGUUUCGAAAACGGCGGCGAGCGCUUCUCCUCAAACCGAGAAACCGACCCACUACACGUAUCUGAAGGAGUUCCGGACCGAGCAGUGCCCGCUGUUCCUGCAGCACAAAUGCACACAGCACAGACCCUUUACCUGUUUCCACUGGCAUUUCCUGAACCAGCGGAGGCGCAGACCGAUCAGGAGGAGAGACGGGACGUUUAACUACAGCCCCGACGUGUACUGCACCAAAUACGACGAAACUACAGGCAUCUGUCCGGAUGGAGACGACUGCCCUUACUUGCACCGGACCACUGGUGACACAGAGCGCAAGUACCACCUACGCUAUUAUAAGACUGGCACCUGCAUCCAUGAAACAGACGCUCGAGGCCACUGCGUGAAAAAUGGUCUCCACUGCGCCUUUGCUCACGGGCCUCACGACCUCCGGCCUCCAGUCUAUGACAUCAGAGAAAUACAAGCACAAGAAGCUUUGCAGAACGGCCAGUUAGGUUCUGGAGAGGGAAUCCCCGACCUGCAGCCGGGGGUUCUGGCCAGCCAGGCCAUGAUAGAGAAGACUCUUAUAGAAGAUCCUCGAUGGCAGGACACCAAUUUUGUUUUGGCCAACUAUAAAACAGAGCAAUGCACCAAGCCCCCUCGUCUGUGCAGACAAGGCUACGCCUGUCCCCAUUACCAUAAUAGUCGAGAUAGAAGACGGAAUCCCCGCAAGUUCAAGUACAGGUCGACUCCGUGCCCGAGUGUGAAGCACGGCGAUGAGUGGGGAGAGCCGUCAAAGUGUGAGAGCGGAGACGGCUGCCAGUACUGCCACUCACGCACCGAGCAGCAGUUUCACCCCGAGAUUUAUAAGUCUACAAAAUGUAAUGACAUGAAGCAGACUGGAUACUGUCCCCGGGGGCCAUUCUGUGCUUUUGCACAUGUUGAGAGAAUUCCUUCUACUGAGGAGACCAUGAGCACUCUGCUCACAGCGAUGCAGUCAAGCUCUCAAGUUAAACUGGGUUCCCAGCAGUACCCCGAGUGUCCCGGCAGUGACUGGAGCAGCACCGCCAAUUCCAUCACCAGCAGCACCAGUAACAACGGGCAGACGGCAAGCGUGUCAUGCUCUAAUAGUCCAACUGUAACGUCGAGCUCAGGAAGCAUCAGUUCAUUGUCCCCAAUUGGACCCAUCGGCAGGCCCAAAAGCUUUACUAAUGGUAGCUUAUGUUCAGAGUCCACCACGUCCAGUGUUUCGUCUCCGACGUCUAACUAUCCCAAAGCUCCGGGGUUUGAACGGGAGGACCAGGCAAAGAACCAUAAAGGCCAGUGUGGAGAAAAUAAUCAGAAGAUAUUAGACCAAGAUAAGCAGGGCCACGGCAGCAUAUUUUCUGUGGUGAACCCGCUGGCGUCCAGCAUAACAUCAAGCAUCACGUCCAGCUUGGCCUCGAGUAUCGGCUCAGACAGCUCUUCUCCCACAACGCUAUCAACUAUGAAUGCAAAAGCUACGCCGUUCUAUCCAGGAAGCAAUACGGUUGAGUCAGUAAUAGGCUCUGCACUGGAUCUAAACUUCAAUGACAUCAGCGUUGCCUCCCUCGAUAAAGACCUAGAGGACCAAGACAAUAAUGGCUUCGGGAUAGCAAGUCAGAGGUUAUUAGGAGGCUCAGACCCUGUCAACAUUCCCGGCUCUCUGGCACGCUGUUCGUCCCUGCAUUCCUCCUCCUCUCUGUCCGCCUCUCCGCUCAGCUCUCUGUCCCAGUCUUUGUCCCAGUCGUUGCUCGGCGGGAUGGCUUCCCAGCAGAACCAGACGCAGAGCUUGCCCAUUAAAGCCGAGCACGGCCUCCUGGGGACGCCUACGUCUACACAGAACUCUUUGGGGUUGAACGGUGGAGCCGGAGGUAUUUGGGACUUUAUGAGUGGCAGCCUGUCUCCGAGUCCAUCACCAGUGUUCAGCUCAAGCAUGGUCAGCUCCGGCAGCACAGACCUGGCGCGGCUCCUCCGCGAUCUGGACGAGGCGAAGAAGAAAAUCAAGCAGUGGGAGGACGCCUGGCACCAGGUCAAACAGGCGUGCGAGGCAUGGCAGAAAGACGCGAAAGAGGCGAAAGAACAGGCGAAGGUGGCCGAGGCGGAGCGGCAGCUGGCCGAGCAGAAGCGCAAAGACUCCGAGCUCAAGCUGAAAGAGCUGCACGGAGACUUUGACACGCUCUGCCGUUCCCCCGGCACGCCCCUGCUGCGCAGCUACGGAGACCUGGACCAGCUCCCACUGCCAAAGCUGCACUCCAUCCAGAACCAGCUGCGCACAGACCUCGACCUGAUCGACGGGGUAAUAUAUCAGCUUCAGUCAAAGAAAUGUAUAGUUUGCCAAAAGCAUGAUCGUUGCAUCGUAUUGCAGCCUUGCCAACAUUAUGUACUUUGUGAAAACUGUGCACCUAGUAAAUCCGAAUGUCCUUACUGUAAAACGAAAAUAUUGAAGUGGUGAUGUACAGAUGUUUAAGGUACUUUUUAAAAAAUUCUAGCCCUUUGAAGAACUACUAAUACAGAUAAAGCUUACAGAUUCCACAUAGCAGAAAUGUUUUUGUGUGUUUGUUUCAGUAUUUCAUAUAGUGAUUCAAAAUUACAAUUAUUAGUAGAAUAUAAUAAAUGGUGUUUGACUGAUAUAUAUGAAUCAAAUACUUUAAAUGCAAUACAGGUUUUUAUACUAGAAUUAUAGGUCAUUUUUAUUAAGCAUUAAAUUCCCCCCUUGGAAAAAGAGAGAGAGAGAGAGAUGUCGUGGACUUUCUAAUCCAGAAGCCCUGAUUUGACUGUUAAUUACAGAAGCAUCAGUCAGACAUCAUUACUGCUACAUUACUGUGUGAAGAAAAAUGAUUUCUUGUUUAAAAGCACUUUGUUGACCUGGAAAUUGUCAAAGGGUAUUUUAGAAAAAAAAAUUGCUUUAAGCUGCUUUUUGUAGAGGUUUUUUGUUUGUUUGUUUGUUUGUUUGUUUAAUUAUUAUUUUAUAGAUUUUUUUCCCUUCUCAUGCUAAUGUAUGAAGCUUUUUUGCGUGUACUGUGAAACCUAGUAGACUAUUUCACAUUUCUUAAAUCACAACAUAGUAUAUAGUUAGUAUUUAGACAUCCAGUAGUGCAAGACUGUAGUUACUACUUUUCAAUGUUACGUAAAUUUUUUUUUUUUACAAUCAAUAAGUGACAAUUUUAAAUGCAUUUUUAGGCAUAACCAGCAGCUCGGAUAUCAGUAAGGCACAUACUGUAUGCUAAAGCGUUUAGGUAAAAAAAUAGUUUUUUCUGUCUUUUAGUGAUUAUAAUUAUUAUGAUUAUUAGUAUUAUUACUAUUAUUAUUAUUAUUUUUAUUAUAUCAGUACUGCAUUACAUAGUUGUUAAAGGAGCACAUGUGUUUCUGAAGUUCAAAAAGAAAAUUUUUGGGACUUUCAGCCUUUCAGACAUGUCAGCCAGGACGUAUCUGACACUAGGCCACUCACUCUCAAGUGCCUUGCCUGUUCGAUUACUUCAGUGUUUGUGUGCAGCUAGUCAGUGCUUUCGCAAAAACCGACAUAUUUCCCAUUGCUUUCUGGUUUCUCUUGGAGCGUACGCGUGUACUCGCCCAGUUCAAGUGUUUCCUCAGAGAUCAUUUGUGCUUGCUUGCGCUCAGGACCAUAAGCUUAAGCUUUUGUUUGUUUGUUUUUGUUUGUUUGUUUGGUCCCCAUUCCUUUCUCUAUGAUGAGCAAUGGUGCUUUAUGGGUGCAGCUUCAGUAUCUUUAAAAUAAAAUUAAGAAAAAAAAAAUCAAUAUUAAAAUCAUCUUUGAUUUCAAUAUUUAGGAAUAUACGAAUAGAUUCAGGAAAUAACCGUGUAAUUCUUUGAUUGCAAAUUUAAAACUGGCUUUCUUUUUACGUUGUUUUGUAACGUUUUUUUGAAUUGUAGUGCUCUUUAGUGUUUACAGAUAAACAAAUCUAUGAUGUUUAACUUUAUUAUAUUUUUUUUCUUUCCAUUUGAAAUUUAAAGGUUUAAUGUGCUUUGGUUAAUCUAAUUGAAUGACCUACUACUGUGUACAAUAGGUAAAUGGAUUUCUUUUCUUUUUUUUUGUUUGUGGUCCUUUAAUUUUAUAGCAAUGAAGCCGUGCAUUAAACAGCCAUGUUUCUUUGACCUUGGGAUAAAUGGUUUAAAUGUGAUUUAUGAUAAACAUGGCCCAGACUUUUUUUUUUUUUUUUUUUUAAUCAUAUGAUUUCUUGUUGUCUUUUUGUCCACCUUUAAUUUGUAGAGCUGUUUGUAGUUAGUGAGGAGAUUAAGCUGGUUAGAACAAUCGCCGCGUCUCUUAGUCGCGUUAGCUAGAUCACCCUGCCGUAAAAAGUUUGUCGGUGCAGGCAAGAGGUGUCGAGGUAUUUUUAAAUUUUUUUUAUUUUGCAUUUUUUUAAUCCGUAAAAGCUCCGAACAACAUAACACGCUCUCAAAUCCAUUUCUCAAAUGAGGUUCGAUGCGUGUCGUUUUCAAUCAGCUGACGCAGAUCUGUUUAGUAUUGUGUCUGGUGUUUGCCAUUGUUGUAUAUUUCACUCUAAACUCGAUUGAAAGUUUAGUUUCCUCACUUUUUUUUAAUGAGGGAGUGAACCCUCUCAUUAGGUUCCUGGACCAUAAUAUAGAUUUUUUAGAUGAAGUUAAAUUAAUAGAUAAUAAAUAAAUGAUGCAAUAGCUGCAUCUGGAAUGUGGCAGGCUAUGUACAGGAGAAAAAAAAAACACAAAAUAACACAAGUCUUUAAAAUUAGACAACUAUUCAAUCGAACCAAAGUGGUAUUGUAGUUUCAUUCUUUUUUUUACUUUCUUAAAACCUUCUAUAGUAAUUAACAAUUCACAGCCCAUCGUGUUCAGUUCAGACCGAAACUAUGCCAACUGCUUUUUUCUGACAAUAUUAAUGAACUUAUAGUUUGUUUUGUAGUUUUUACCAAAGACCCGUUCCCUCUUUUUAUUUAUAUGGAGAUAUUUUCAGUAUCAUUCUCAGCAUUUGGUAAAAAAAAAAAAAAAAAGGGAAAUAAAAUUGACGGAAUGUCCUUUACACUGCUGUGUGUGUUUAAAAAAUAUAUAACCGAAUGGAAUCAGUAUCGGCCUUUUUAUUCUUCUUUGUUCGUGUUUUAGGUUCUAAUUGGCUGUUUCUCUAGUGAAGGAAUGCCAUGGAUGUAAAUUAAAUUUGUGUUAAUAAUCUUAUGUGGCCAUAUGCAUUAGUGCUUAUUUGAAGUGUGUGUGUGUCUAUAUAUAUAUAUAUAUAUAUAUAUAUAUAUAUAUAUACACAGUAUAUAUAUAAAAUUUCUUUUUUUUAAAAUGCUAAUAGUACUUUAUAGUCAAAUUAUUAAGCCAGUUUCGAAAUAUUAGUGAUUGUGCACUACUUGUAUGCUGUCAGAAGUAAAAAUGUAAAAGAGUGUGUUUGGACUGUAGGGUGCUUUCUUUAGUUUCUAUUUGACUGGUGUUAUUAUUAUUUUUUUGAACAACUUUUUUUUUUUUUAAUAAGGAAAACAAUUGACGUGAACUGCAAUGCACUUUUUUUUGUACAAUUUAGUCUUAAUUAUGUUUAAAUUGUCCAAAUUGUAUAUCAUGAUUUAUACAUCUAGAUGAAUAGAUAUAUAUAAUCUAUCCAAAGUUGAAGGGAGCGCUCGAGCUCUCGUGUGCUGUAAUGGCUGAUGCAGACAAAAGGUUGUGAGGACUGUAGAUCUUAAAAUGAUGGCCUUGUAAUGCCUUUAAAUUGGCUUAAUUUUUAUUACUAUGAUGUUGCAUGUGGUAUUAAUGAAUUAUCAUGCUGUGUAGGAUUCAAACACUUAUGUGGUCAUGUAUUGUAGAAUACUAAAAGUCGAUGUCCUGCACUAACACCAUAUCUGUGCAAGAUGAAAUCUCUCCUGAACAAAUGUGUGCCUUUGUUUAAAAAAAGAAGAAAAAAAAAACUUAAAAAGAACCAGUUUGUAGUAUUCUUUGUCAUAUCAAUUGAGCCAAAUUCUUGUGCCUUGGGACAUUUUCUCCAUGGAUUUCUCAGCGUGCAGGCGUCCUGCUGUAGACUGACAUCAUUUUUGUAAUGUAUUAAAGACUUACUCUUAUGCCUUGGUCCUUUGGGACGGUGUAGCUCUAAGCUUACUUCAUGGAUCAGUGUUGCAUAUGGCUUGCAUGAGCACUUAAAAGCAUGCUUUCAGUAAAGUACGUACGACGUGACGGGCGACAUUGUACAUUUAAAUCGAAUGAUGAUCGAGUGCAACGCGACUCGCUAUCGCUAGACUGCUGCAUUUUUCUUGUAACUCUGUUUGAUUUGUGAAUGAUUACCGUUAACAAUAUUGUAGGUGGUGGUGUUGAAUUCAGUCGCAGCACGAAUUGAAUUAUUUCCUAAUUUCACAGCCCUGAUGUCUGUGUCAGCCAUGAAUUAGUUAGUAAUCAAUGUUCGAAUUUUCUUUGGAAAAUAAAUGCCCAGGAAAGUGUUAUUAAAGAAAAGCACCAAGUAGAAAAGUUCUUUAGAACAGUGUAAAUUAACUGUAAUUGAGUUGUACCAUAACACACUGCAGUGGAAUAAUCUUUUCAUUGUUAUUAUUUUUUUAUUAUUAUUAUUAUUAUUGUUAUUUUUUGUUUGUUUGUUUAGUUUAUUUUCUAUUAACAUGAUUAUCAAACCUGAGGAUUUAUGCAAUCUUGUAUAUAAAUAUAUAAAUAUAAUCCUUAUGUCUGAACCUGGUUAAAUUGACCAGUCUAGCUAGGAGAAAGUUCUUACUUUUUAUUAUAAUACAUGCUGGUUAGGAAACAGACAGAAAAGUUCUGAUUUGAUCUAAUGUUGAAACCCUGAAUAUUGAAUGUAAUAAAAUUUUUAACCGUACCGUAACUCCAAUUCAGUUUAAAAUGGGUCACUGGACAGAACCGUGGACAGCAGUGGAUCUCUGAUGUAGCACUAGUUUGUAUGACUUGCGAAACGUGACGAAUAAAUUUUUAAGUUAAACACAAA